AUGAAAGUUAUGGAAGAUUUUAAUGAACAAACAACUAUAGUUCCAGAUAGCUCAACACUUUCAAACGCAGAUCCACAAGAUGUUCUUGACGCUUUAGAGUUAAAUAGGCAACUACAACAAGAAUUAGAUAGGGUAAAAAUGGGAAUUGACGCGGCAUUACAACGUAAUAUAAUUUUACAAGAAAAGGCCGAAGUUGAAGGUUACUCUAAGUCCGAACAAGAUACACUAGGUGUUGCUCCCCCUGAGAAUGAGGAUACAAGUGUUCGCCCAUUAAUUUUUAAGAGCACAAGAUGGACUAUAAGUGAAAAAGAUGCACUGAGAAAGGGUGUUCAAGAUCACAACAUGAAACGAGAGGCGUUACGAGCUAUGAGGGAAGGCAGACCAAUUCAUUCUGUAGAAAAAAUGCCAAAAAUUAUGUUUCUUUAUAAUGUAGAAGAAAUAAAUUGGACGCAAAUUGCAAAGCAAUAUGUACCGACAAAAACAAAAGAAGAAUGUAUUAUUCAAUGGACAAAUCAUGAUCACCCAUGUAUUAAUAAUGAUGAAUGGACGACUUUAGAGACUAAAAAAUUACUUGAAAUCGCUGAACAAAAUAAUGGUAGAAAUUGGCAGAAGAUUGCAUUAGAACUAGGUACAAAUAGAACUGCUGCCGAAUGUUUUAAGCAAUACAACAAGCAAUCCUCUGAUCCUCGUAAGUGGACAAAAGAGGAAGAUGAUAUACUUAUACGUGCUGUAGAUCUUUAUGGUGAAAAGAAUUGGCAACAAGUCGCUCAUUGUCUUGACAAUAGAACAGGCCAGCAAUGUCUACAUCGAUGGACUAAAACCUUAAAUCCUGCGAUCCGACGUGGUCGCUGGAAAAAGGAAGAGGAUGAAGCUCUUCGAAAUGCGGUCUCUAUUUAUGGUGCUGGUAAUUGGGUCAAGGUACAACAAUAUGUACUAGGUAGAACAGAUGUACAAUGCCGUGAGCGUUGGAUGAACGUUCUUAAUCCAAGUAUUAAAAAAGAUUCAUGGACUAGUGAGGAGGAUGCAAAAUUAUUAGAGUUAGCGAGAAGCAUAGGAGUAGGAAAAUGGGCAAAGAUUUCUGCAUUCAUGGACGGGCGUACAGAUAAUCAG